ACGGCAGCGGUGGGAGGCAGGCCGGCAGGCAGACGGCCUCGCAGGCGGGUGGCGGCGGCCGCGCUGGCUGGUGAGGGCGGGAGCGAGUGAGUCACUGAGCGCGUGUGAGGGAGGGAAGGAGCGAGCGAGCAGCCCGCGCCGUCCGCCCUCCCGCAGCUCCACCGCCGCCGCCUGCCCUACCUCCCCGCUGGGGCCGAGCCGAGCGGGGUCGGGCCCGGGCCAUGCUGCUCACCGUGUACUGUGUGCGGAGGGACCUCUCCGAGGUGACCUUUUCCCUCCAGGUCGACGCCGACUUCGAGCUGCACAACUUCCGCGCGCUGUGCGAGCUCGAGUCCGGCAUCCCCGCCUCCGAGAGCCAGAUUGUCUAUGCUGAAAGACCUCUCACAGACAACCACAGAUCACUGGCUUCUUACGGCUUGAAAGAUGGGGAUGUUGUGAUUUUACGACAGAAAGAGAAUGCAGACUCUCGACCUCCAGUGCAGUUCUCAAACUUACCCCGGAUAGACUUCAGUAGCAUAGCUGUGCCUGGCACGUCAAGCCCCCGACAGCGUCAGCUGCCAGGAGCACAGCAGCCACACUCCUCUCCUGGAGAAAUAGCAUCAUCUCCUCAAGGCUUGGACAAUCCAGCUCUGCUCCGAGAUAUGCUGCUGGCCAACCCACAUGAGCUGUCCUUGCUGAAGGAGCGUAAUCCACCCCUGGCUGAAGCUCUGCUUAGUGGAGAUCUGGAGAAAUUUUCUAGGGUCCUGGUGGAGCAGCAGCAGGACCGAGCCCGGAGAGAACAAGAAAGGAUUCGUCUCUUUUCUGCUGACCCCUUUGAUCUCGAAGCUCAGGCAAAGAUAGAAGAGGACAUAAGGCAGCAGAACAUUGAGGAGAACAUGACGAUAGCUAUGGAGGAGGCGCCAGAAAGCUUCGGCCAAGUAGUGAUGCUUUACAUCAACUGCAAAGUGAAUGGACAUCCUGUGAAGGCCUUUGUUGACUCAGGUGCCCAGAUGACUAUUAUGAGCCAGGCUUGUGCAGAAAGGUGUAAUAUAAUGAGACUGGUGGACCGUCGGUGGGCUGGGAUUGCCAAAGGAGUAGGCACACAGAAGAUUAUUGGAAGGGUACAUCUAGCUCAGGUUCAGAUUGAAGGAGAUUUCCUUGCGUGUUCCUUCUCUAUACUUGAAGAGCAGCCUAUGGACAUGCUUCUGGGACUGGACAUGCUUAAACGACAUCAGUGUUCUAUUGACUUGAAGAAAAAUGUACUGGUGAUUGGCACCACAGGCUCACAGACCACCUUCCUUCCUGAGGGAGAACUACCAGAGUGUGCCCGGUUGGCGUAUGGAACUGGGCGAGAGGACAUUCGGCCAGAAGAGAUUGCAGACCAAGAAUUAGCAGAAGCCAUUCAAAAAUCAGCAGAGGAUGCAGAGAAAAGCAGUAAAGAAUCUACCUCACUGGGAAGGUCAUCACCACCGACUUCAGAUGGAUCUAACCAUCCAGCGCAUUCUUCAGGGCACAGUUCUGAGACUGGCAGUCCUACGAGUCUCGCUCACUCUGUCUCUGCUUCAGUCUGCCCCAUCAAGCCCAGUGACCCAGAUAGCAUUGAACCUAUAGCUGCGGAGGCCAUGAAGGCUUCAGCUGAAUUCCACAUGAGCUCUGAGAAAGAAGAGUGUCUUCCUCUUCAGGAUCUGCCUGUACUCGCUUCCUCAGCAGACGGGAGUCCAGCCAUGCCUUUGCAUAAUUCAUCCGAAGCAUUUGCUGCAGAUAAUCUGGAGAAAUCUACUCAAAGAAGUACCCAGGGCCUCAAGUUUUAUCUCCACAUGAGACAGGAAACUAGUGUGUCUGUCACAACUACUAGGAUGCAUGAACCACAGAUGCUUGUGGGUGGAAACUGGCAUCCAGGAAAUCAGAGCCCAAGUCAAGUGAAUGGCCUCGAGCAGCACCAGGAAACAGGGACCGAACAGCCUGAGGCUGGACAGCAGAGUGUACCACGUGACCAAGACUCUCUGUGUGACAUGGGGGAUGUUGAACUUCAUGCAGAAAGUCAAACGGACCAAGAAGAAAUUAUCAGUUUGGAAGCUACUGUGAAAGGAGUUGAGCUGCAGAUGAACACUUGUCUUCCACAUCCAGAGAAAAACUCUCUCCCUUCAGGAUGCUUUAGCUGUUCAAGCUCAGAAACACUGAUGGAAAUUGACACAGUUGGACAGCCCCUGGUUACUGUGCAUAAUUCAGCAGGCAGUCAGGCCACUGUCCAGAUCACCAGUACAUCAGCUGUCACUUCAGAUAAUCCCUUGAUGGAAGUAGAAACAUCAAAAUGUGAUCCCUCAUUUGAACAUUUGAAUAAUUGUAUCUCUACUCAGGAUUUGCAGCCCCCAGAAAAUAAUGUUGAAAUGUCUGGAACAAAUAAAGAAGAUGGCAGCUCCCCUCCCUCUGUAAGUGUCUGUGGCAGUGCUCAGCCCUCUUUGGAGUCAACAGAAGAAUCUCGUUCAUCUGUAACAGCAGCCUUGAAAGAACUUCAUGAACUUUUGGUCAUUCGUUGUAAGCCGGCUUCAGAAAAUACAUCUGAGGUCAUUACCUGUCAAUCAGAAACAGCUACCGAGAACCACGGAGGUAUUCUAGACCUUUCAGGAAGGUGGACCCAAAGUGAACAGACCCACAGUGACCACUCUCCACAAGUCUCCUAUCACCAGGCCACAUCUGAAUCAGUGAAGACAGAAACGGCAGGCACUGUAUCGUGUGCCGGUAUAGAAGAUAGAGAAUGUGCUAGCAUAGGGCCAGGUACAGGUUUGUCACCUGACAAAGGAGGGGUCCUCAGAUCGAGGGAUUCAGUCAGCAAGAGCUGUUCUGUCUCCAUAACCUCAACUAAAUCAUCUAAUCAGUUACAGUACACCUCAGGUGUAGAAAUUUCACCCAGACUUGUAGAGGGUGGGGAAGAUGCACACAGUCAGACGUCUGAGCAAACUGAGUCUUUGCCAUCCAGUUCCGUACUGGUUAAAGAGUUGGGUUGGGGCAAACAGAAUCCAGUUCCAGACAGGCCUGGAACCCGAGAAGUCUGUCCUGAAGCUGCAAAGCCAUCUCUUGAAUUGGAGCCACCUGCCACACGGCCACCCUCAAACCCCUCCAUUCUUCCACCAUUAAUUUUUCCUGCCACAGAUAUUGAGCGGAUUGUCCGCUCUGGCUUCACUUUGCAGGAAGCUCUCGGGGCUCUGCAUCGCGUUGGUGGGAAUGCAGACCUUGCACUUCUUGUUUUACUAGCAAAGAACAUUGUAGUUCCUACGUAAUUGUGGGGGAUUGGGAUAGACCAUGCUCCAUUCCCUUUAAAGAGCUCUCGGUCCACACGGACACACCGCAUACACAGUGUAUGUAGAAGCCGGCAGGCAGAAUGUUGAGCCAGAUUUUUUUUUAAGAUUUUUUUUUUCGGCCAAAGUAAUUUAUGAUCUCUUGUCUGAUGAAUUUGUCUAUCCUACUUGUUAAAAUUGGGCCUUUAAAAAAAAAUGUAUUGGCAGUAUGUGCAUACAAAAGGUUUUUAUUUGCAUUAAGAUGAUGUAUUCUGGAAUAAAGUGGAUGGUUUGUGUAUAGCAUACCAGUUUAGAAUGAGUGCUUUGAAAAGCAGAAGCCAUGAGGAACCCCACCUGUGCAGCUAGAAAAGACCAGCUGCCACUGGGCUGUGUCUGCUGUAGGCUAACAGGAAGCUAAAGAAUAAUCAAUAACUCUAGAGUUGUAUGUUUUCAUUUGUGUGCUCAGGGUUUGACAUUUUAUAGGGUGAGUGGGAAGUCUUAAAAAUGGGGUUGUCUUGCGCAUUGUAGGCUGCAGCGUGGACCGAUGGCCAUAUACUUCAUGACAUCAGGUGGGGUAUUGUGGGGAUUUACAUUGAGUGAGACAUGGUGCUACCCAGAAUUAAAAAGGGAAGAAAAGACCCCAGUCUUAAUUCCAUUUACAAGUGUCAAGGACUGUGAGUGGGAACAUGGCUUAGAUAAAACACUGGAAUACGGUAAAGAGUGGGUUUGCUAGUAUCUCCCCGAGAACACCUCAACCUUUCAUGGCGUGGUCAGUCAUGGGUCGACUCCUGACAGCAGUGUAUCUCUUUUUCUAAACCCACCUGGGAAGUUCUCCAGAGGCUCUGUCGAGCUGAGUCAAAUUGUGGUGUGUCAUGACCCUUGUCACUGGUUCAUCUUGGUGCUUGGACUGGUCAGUCUGUGAGUGUCCUUCAUGGCAGUGAAAAUAGUGACCGAAGUUUCUGACUCAAGUGGCCUUGUUACGGUUUGCCAUCUCUUUCUUUCCUCAGGAGUUUCUUCUGUAGGCAUUUCUUUUUUUAAGCAAGAGUCAUACUUGUGUUUACCAUGUCAAGUGAGAGAGGCAUAUGUGACGUACUUAGGUGGCCUUUUGUUAUGAGGACUCAGCCUUGAAAGUCGUUGUCCUGUGAGCCCCACUGUGCAAUAAUCACUUCCUGGAAAAUAAACUGUUAGGCUCCUGGCAGGAAUCUGGAAUCUGAUUUUCCUGAAAAGGAUUUUGAGAAUAAUUCCUGAUUCCAAGUGAUAAUUUGCAAUGUGUUGAAAUGGGAACCUCGGAAGAGCGACUUCUGAGCUUAGCAUGCACUGGUUCUGUCUAAAAAAUCUCUCUGAAAGCUUGUUCUUUGCAUCUAAAGUUAUUGUUCAGUCAGACAGGCUCAUGUCUCAGGAGUUUCUGAAGCUUUAGGGGCACUUCAGUUGUCCUUACCAGACUCUCCUCUGCCGUGUUUCAGCGUGUGCCGAGACUCACUUCAGUGAUGUGGUGGAUGACAAGUCACGCGGCAUCUUGAUCCUUCCUGAAACAAGGAAAUGGUUGGUGGAAGGAGCUGUUCACUGCUUUCCAGAGGGUGCUCAGAACCACAGCUUAGCCAGGCUGUUUUUAGAAUGUGCUUUCUUUCAGACAGCCACCGUUUGUUGACCCUUUUGCCUGCCCUACACCAAAGAUGUACAAUGCACUAGGAUACUGCUUUUAGAAUUUGUGUCAGCCAAUGUAGAACUGUGAUCGUAAUUAAGUAGUUGGUGCUGUGGUUGAGGGGAAAUCAAGUAGAAAUGCAGUGAGGCCUGGUUUUGGCUUUAUGGGUGGUGCCUUGGGGAUAUGCUUUAAGGUUACAGAUCUUUGGGUUCACAGGGUGAGGUGGGUAGAGGAAAGGACUAAUGACAGUAUAUGCCUCCCAGAAGGCCACCUGUGCAGAAGUGAGCCUCCCAACUUCUAUAUGGACAAAGACACAGCCCAGUGGCCUGACACUGAAUUUUUACAGUGGAUGUUGGGGAGACAGGCCCAGGUGGAGUAUAUCAUACCAAUCUGGAAAAUAAUUUCAUUACAGUAGCUUUUCAUGUGUGUCUAUAUUUAUUUUUGAAAAACCGAGUCGGCCUGUAGCUGUAUGGAUGUUCUUGCUAGGAAUACUCUGACUUAAACUCACUUGCCAAAUGUCUUGUCCCUUUUGACCGUUACUUUCUUUUCAACAUAGUUGUUUUUGAUUUCUUACAUCUUCUGCCCAGCAUUUGUAUAAAAAGUUAGGAAUUUGUUAGGAAUUGAUUGGCUUAAAUUGAGCGGUUCUAGAACACAAGAGGACAUUAAAAACCUCACACUAGUGGACCCUGUCAGUUUUCAUUUAGUGGUUGACACUUUAAAAACUCCAUAAAGAGCAUAAAUUAUAGCUAACGUACCAGGAGUAAGAUCACAUCAUUGUGAACCCCUCUGGUGUCAACAGAACAAAUCACAGCCGUAACCAGCAUGGGGCAGCUUUACUGGACAGUUCCUUUACCAAACCAUAACGGGCAGUUCUGUGGUCAGCACUUCUCUCCAGUGGUAGACUCUGUUUAUGCACCAAAGAGGAUUUUCCUGUAAAACUUGUGCCAUUUCCCAAAGUUGUUUCCUGCAUAGAAAGAUGCUCAGUGGGCAGAUGGCUCACCCUCAGCUAGGGGUUUUGCCCUUUGAUUUCUUAAGGAUGGUUUUCCAGUUUUGUCAGUUUGGGCCUCCAGACAGCCACAAGCCUUCAUCCCAAAGUUUGGGCUUUAAAUGUUAAUGGAUGAAGACGAGUUGCUUGGUAAAGGAAGCUGAGUAGAUGGUGGACAGAUGUGUGUGAACACUUCUGCCUUGCAGCCUGCACUCUCAGAAUGUCUCUGGAUAUACUAAAGGGAGACACAGCUCGGGGUGUUUUCCCAAAGCAUUUCUUAGAAGAGGGUGAAGGGGGUACGUAGGCGUGGGAUAGGAGACCUGGCAUCACUGAUUUUAUAACCAGCUCGUGUGGAAUAUGCCUGUUGUUCCCUCUCUAAAGCUUUCUAUCUCUAGCGGAAGCCAUAAAAAUUUGUUUAGACUUUUCAGCUCGUGUAUAAAUAAAUGUGUAAGCUCUCACAUAAUAUAUGGUGACUGACAAAUGUCUUUACAUAGGUUAAAAACAAGCAACUUUUAUAUCUACAGACGUUCUCCACGUCUGGUGGCUUUUAUUCCCACCAUGUAUAUAAUAAACUGCCUUGCAAAUAGCUGUCCAGGAGAGUCACAGUGUGCUUUGUUUUGUUUGGUUUUGAUUUUGAGACAGGAUCUCACUAUAGCCCAGGCUGUCCUAAAACUUACAGCAAUUCUCCUGCCUCAGCCUCCAGAGUACUGGGAUUACAGGCGCUUGCCAUUGUGCCCAAUUUUCUCAGUGCAUUCCAAUUGCCUUUCUGUACCUGUUUGCCGUCUGUGGUGAGGGUGAGUGUGGUGUUUGAAUGCCUCAGUGACAGUGCAUCAUACAUAAGCUCUGGGGUGUGACUCAGUGGCAGAGCACAUGCUUAGCAUGUGAGGCCCUGGGUUUGAUGCCACACGUGCGUGUGCAUGCACGCACACACACAUACAGACUCCCUUGAUCUUACAUUCUCUAGCACGAAAAAAAUAAGACAUAAACUUGGUGACUUAGUGUAGUCUAUGGCUGACCAGAAAGAAAAGGUUACCAUGCCUUUACCCUCCUCGAAGAUGAAGGUUCAUCUCAAGAGUUGCAUAAGUGUUUUGAUUUUUCCUGAGAAUACCAAUU